UAAAUUCAUAACCAAUCAGUUUUGAUCAUUUACACGCGCAUCAUGGAAACACGUGUUUGUUAAAAUGUUAUAAAAAUAUAAAACACUAUAAAUCUUAAAAAAUCAUAAAAAUAGUUUAUUCAACGGAAUAUGAAUAUUAACAUUUUGUAUUCAGCAAUGAUUUCAUUACCCAUAGAUUUUCUUUAGUAUUACCCAUAAUAUUACAAUAAAAUCAAUGGCGUCUCAAAUUGUGUAUUACGUAUUUGAGAAGUGAAUUUAGUAAUUUAAUUUGGAUUAUUUUUACAAUGGCUGUUAAAGAAAAAUCUGCAGAAUCUACUGAAGAUAUAGAAUGGAAUAUAGAAAAUGAAAUUAAUCUUUUCUUCGCUAUGAAUGGUCAUAAACCAGUUGGUAUCAAUAAAUAUUUUCACAUGAUAUGUAUAAGGGAAAAAUUUCGUGGUGCUAUUCAUAAAAAUGUUUCAUUAAAAGCAAUUUGGGACCAUUUAGAAUCAAUGUAUGAUCUUAUGGCUCUAGAUGAUAUGGAAGAUUUGCCAUUUCCAAGUCACGAAAUGGAUUUUUCACUUCCUGAAUCAGAAUAUUUAGGGUCAUUAAAAUUGAGGAAAAAGGAAGAGCAAGAAAGCAAAUUCAAAGAACAAAAAGAUAAUAAAUAUAAAGAAAUAAAAAAAGAAAAAGAUAUAAGGGAGUCAUUUAAGAAAGAAGCUAUGCUACGCGAUAUGAAAGGAUCCAAAGAUCUUGAAAAGAAAAAGGAAGAUAUAAAGAAAUAUGUUAAAGAAAUAGAUUUAAAAAAAGAUAAACUAAGAGAUAUGAAAGAUUCAAGGAAGGAACAUAAACUUUCUAAAGGCAGGUCUAAAGGGAAGGAUGAAAUGGAAGAAAUUGCAUCAAAUGUAAAAAAAGAACGCAAGGAUUCUGAUUCAAGUCGUGAAAGCUUAAAAAGAGGUCCGAAGAGACCAACUAGACAAAGUGUGGAUAGUUCAUCGAAAGCUUCUUCCAGUCCACGUGAUACACCACCAUUAAAACGUAGAAGGAUAUAACAGUAUAUAUUUUCUUCACAAAAUAGUAUUAUCAUUUGAAUAUAAGAUUAUGAGAAGAUGAAUAUACUUGUUUAUUUUUUUAAAAGUUACGAUUUCUUAUGUUAUAAGAGUAGUUUUUACAAAUGUUAUUUCUAUCGUUUUGUAUAAUUUGAAUGUACUUGUAUAUAUUUGUAAAAGAAUUUUGAUUUUAACACUGUAAAUACACACACUAUUAUAUUUAA